AUGAGCAUGGGGGGUUUACUGUGGUAUCGUGUCCAGGACUGCGGGGGGCUGCGGAGGCGGUUACCGGGUGAUAACGCAGCCAGCCUGGCACUGACGGCGAGAGCGCUCCUAGACUUUGCGAGUACUGCUGGACGGUUCCUUGAGACGACGAAGCGGCGAGAGUGGUACACGCCCGCAACGUUCACGGCAAUGCUCAGGUUGUUGAGGCUGGUGGAAAGGUAUCAAGUCCACCGGGCCAUCAAUGCGGUCCAGUGUCUUGGCAAGGCUUUUCAAAAUGUUACGAGUCUCAACUCGGCAGCAAGCAUGGCUGCCUAG